AUGGCCAUAGUGGCCAUGGCUGUGCUACUUGGCCACGUACAAGGAGCGCAGAAGCUGGGAAAGGUGCCAGGACUGGAUGAAAGCACCAACGACCAGCAGGAGCAAGCCUUCAACAGCGCGGACAAGAACGGGGACAGGAAACUCUCGUUGAGCGAGUACAAGGAGAUGCUGACGCAGGCCAUGAAGAGCUAUGGAAGCGAGGAGGCUCUGCAGCAGCAAGAGGCGAAGGUCCAGGAGUUGUUCAACAAGCUCGACAAGAACUUGGAUGGAUCCAUCGCUCACGAUGAGUGGCUGGUGGCUGUGGCGGAGGGACAGAAGCAGGCACAAGAAGCUGCAGCCAUGCAGGCGGCGGCUCAGGAGACGAAGCUGAAGAUGGUGUUUGACGCAGCAGACAGCAACAGGGACGAGCAUUUGGACCUCAACGAGCUGUGGGAGGGGUUCAAGACCUACGGCUAUGGCAAGGAGCAGAUCGACGUGUUCUUUACUGUCGGUGACCAGGACAAGAAUGGGCUGCUGAACUUUGAGGAAUUCAAGGUGGGGAGGGAGGGAAUGCAAAAGGCCAGAGAGGUGGAGGCGAUGAUGGACAGCCUAGGAUCUGAGGAGGACCAGCUCAAGGCCUUCCAUGACGCUGAUAUCAACAAGGACGGCAGUUUGACUCUCCUCGAGUAUCAAAAAGCCUUCGAAGACUUCAUGGCGGCGGUAGCCGGCGAUUCUGCUCCUCAGUCGAUCGACGUGGGCCAGAUCGCCGAGAUGUACAAGGGCUACGACACGGAUGGCAACGGAGGUGUGUCGCUGGAAGAGUGGAAAGCAGCGGUGAAGACCAACAUGGCGAGAACGCAAGCAGAGCGAGAGGCUCUCAAGAGUUCCUCUCAGGGAGCCAUCUAA